AUGAUGCCCCGCUGGAAGCGCAGUAAAGCGCGCCCCGAGAAGGAUGCAGCAAUCAGCGGCGGCAAUCCCGGUGUAUCCCCCGACUCCCCUACGGCUCAUUCUACUGCUGUGGCCUCCCUUCGCGCUGUUAGUGGCUGCUCUCCCGAUGCCAUGAGAACGACAGCAGUAACCCAAGACCAGGCACCAUCCGACCCGGAAGCGAUUCGAAAGCUAGCCAAGCAGCACGCCGAGUUCGGGCCCCUGGGCGAUCCGUCGCAUCUCUACACCAGCGAGCAUCCCGGCGGAGAGAUCCCUGACCCGGUCAUUGAUGAGCCUCCGUACUUCGUCGUCCUCACCACCUACGUCAGCUUUCUCGUGCUGAUCUUUCUCGGCCAUUUCCAUGAUUUCGUGGACAAGUGGUUUCGCUCCCAUACUUACCGGCACUUGAAGCCCCAGAAUGGCUAUGCGUCAUUGUAUAGCGACUUCGAGAGUUUCUAUACGCGACGCUUGAAGCAACGGAUUAAUGACUGCUUUGAGAGGCCGAUUGUUGGUGUUCCGGGCAGGCAUGUUACGCUGUUGGACCGCACGACUGAAGACAACCUUCAUUUCAGACUUACGGGCACAACGACGGAUACGCUGAACCUGAGUUCGUAUAAUUAUCUGGGUUUUGCUCAGUCGGAAGGCCCAUGCACCGACUAUGCCGAGGAGGUACUCCGCCGGGAUGGCAUUUGCAUUGCAUCGACUCCCGAGGGAGGAAUCACGAAGCUUCAUGCAGAAGUGGAAGAUCAAAUUGCCCGGUUUGUGGGGAAAGAAGCCGCAGUUGUGUUCUCCAUGGGCUUUGUGACGAAUGCGACUAUCUUUCCCUCCAUAAUGGAAAAGGGAUGUUUGAUCCUGUCUGAUGAACUCAAUCAUGCGUCCAUCCGGUUUGGUGCUCGUCUGUCUGGCGCGGCUAUUCAAGUCUUCGCGCAUAACAACAUGGCCGACCUCGAGAAGCGUCUCAGGGAGGCAAUUUCUCAAGGUCAGCCUCGCACGCAUAGACCGUGGAAGAAGAUUCUUGUUACCGUGGAGGGACUGUUCUCUAUGGAAGGUACCAUGUGCAACCUUCCCCGGAUACUGGCAUUGAAGAAGAAGUACAAGUUCCACCUUUUUGUUGACGAGGCACACUCCAUUGGAGCUGUUGGACGUCACGGACGCGGAGUUUGCGACUACUUCAAAGUAGACCCGGCGGAAGUCGACAUCCUGAUGGGAACGUUUACCAAGUCCUUCGGGGCGAACGGUGGCUAUAUCGCGGCCGAUAGAGCCAUCAUUGACAAGAUUCGCUGCACAAAUGCUGGUCAAAUCUUUGGAGAAGCCCCGUCGCUUCCUGUCCUGGCUCAGAUCUACUCCUCGUUGCGACUCAUUGCUGAUGAGGAUCCUCUUCACCCGGGCGAGGGACGCGAGCGGAUGCAGCGCCUGGCUUUCAACUCGCGCUACCUUCGGCUUGGAUUGAAGAGACUGGGCUUCAUCGUCUACGGACACGAUGACUCUCCUAUUGUGCCGUUGAUGCUGUACAAUCCGGCCAAGAUGCCCGCCUUCUCUCGAGAAAUGCUGCGUCGCAAGAUCUCCGUGGUUGUUGUGACAUACCCUGCCACGCCCCUGGAGCUGUCACGGGCGCGACUCUGCAUCUCAGCCGCGCACACUAAAGACGAUCUGGAUCGCAUCCUGCAGGCGUGCGAUGAAAUAGGCGAUGCAUUGGAGAUCAAAUUCUCUUCAGGCAUUGCAGGUGGUCUGAGGGAACCAUUGUCUGCGCACGAUAGCUCGAAGGGACCCAGGAUGAUUGAGCCUCCCCGUUGGCCUCUCGAAGAGGUCAUUGCAAGGGGUACUUACGACGCAAAUCAGCCUCUAUACUAG